GCUCAGCUCUCUGCCUACCACCCCAGCUCUGCCGGCGGCCGCCCCCAUCCCCGCCUCUGCCGGAACAGAAGCAGCAGGAGCGCGAUUCCUCCGCCGCGGGUCGCAGUUUCCGGUUGGCUGCACCCAUGGAGGAGGCGCCGCCCCGCGGGCCACCGGUGUCGUGGUCGGACAUCCCGGUGGAUCUCGCCAGCCUCGUCCUCGGCCGCCUGCCUGCGCACGUCGACCGCGUCCGGUUCGCCGCCGUGUGCCCUCAGUGGCGCGCGGCCGCGCUGCAGGGGGGCGUGCCCCCGUCGAUGCCGAUGCUCCUGCUCCCAGACGCCACCGUGUACAGCCUCCCCGGAAGCGAGCCGUUCCGCUUCCCUGGCUGCGUGGGCUACACGGAUGCUUGUGGCACUGGCAACUGGUUGGUGUUCUCAGGCGAGGACGGCUGCUUCCUGAGGGAUCCUUUCUCCAACACCACUGUGACGCUUCCGGCUCUGUCCCGCGCUCGACUCCUGCAGGUGGGUGAUGAGUCCGGUGACGAGGCAGGGCAUGCGUGGAUGGAAAUGGGCGAAGAAAGGGAGCUAGAUGCGCACAGAAUUAUGUUAUGUUCGCCUCACCUCAUCGCAGCGAUAUUCAAUUUCAGGAGAGAGGGGAUCACUCGGAUUGCAGUUUGCCAGCCAGGGGCGUCCUCCUGGUGGACCAUACUUGUCAGUAGUCCUCUGUUUGUUGACAUUGUGUUCCAUAAAGGAAAGCUCUAUGCCCUUAACUGCAUGGAUUCACUUUUUGCUGUUGACAUCAGUGUAGACCACAGCACGGGCGAUCCAUGGGUUUCUCAAAUCCAACAAGUAAUCGGUGACCUUCACACUUGCCACAUGAUAUUCUUACCUGAGGGAGUCCUAAUUCUGAGGGUGAACUACCUAGUUGAAUCUCGUGGUGCGUUGCUGUUGGUGUGCCGAGAGAUGGACCUCCGGUUGGAAGCAGGAAACUGGGAUAAAAUUGAAGUUCUUGAAGCUGAAGAGACUAGGUUUGAGGUGUAUGAGGCCAAUUUUGGCCAGUCACGGUGGGCCAUGGUGACAACACUAGGGGAUGACCAGGUGCUGUUUCUAUGUCAACGGUUCGGCAGAUCUGUAAAUGUUUCUCAUAAUGAGAUGCCAGGGGAUCGCAUCUUCUUCAUAGACAAUGACGAGGGGUUUUCCUCCGUUUACAACAAGGGGGCCUCUAGUUCUUGCAGUGUCUACGACAUGACAGACGGCAAGGUGUCCUCCCCUCUGCCAAUGGUGUCGUGGAAGCCCGGCGCGGUGUUUGCCACAUGGCUCUUACCCUAAGGGCUGAACCGCUGAAGUGAUCUGUCACGGUGCUAACUGAAUGCAUUGACCGGUUCGUAUCUGGUCUUCGUAUAGUGCUAUCUGGUAUAAUGGAAGCUGCUAAGCGUCAGUACUUGUCUGAUCGUAGUAUGGUGGUCUACUGGUGCCUGUGAUGAUGACUACAGAUUAAUCAUGUUAUGCUCAAUUUGUAAACACCUGAUGAACCUUGAGGUAGCAUGCUAUCUGCUGUUAUGAACCUUUUCUGCGAGCUUGUCAUUGUAAGGUUGUCUCUAGUCGGGUAGGUUGCAAGCUUGUUUGUUGAUCUUACCGUUGUUAUCGGUUUAUACAUUUCUUAUUAUGAA